AUGAUCUGUGCUAGGGUUAAUCAUACCAAUUUUGAAUUGAAGAAAAAUGAGAGAAGAGAUAAAAAUGUUCAUGAUAUUCGCGUAGUGGGAUUUGCUUAUUGUCAUACUGCUUCUGCUAACCAAGAAGUUUGUACUAACACCGAAUGGAGUGGAUAUCGUGGCCGUUUUAAAACAAAUACAGUUCUUCAAUAUGAUGAUGAUUUUGAAAAAGUGACGGAAUGGGGAAAACUGGCAUUUGCUAAAAAAGUUGAAAGAAAAAAUAUGGAUAAAGAUGAACCUAAAUCUGUUGGAUUAUUUAAAUUAUAUUUAGGAAGUUUUGAUGAUGAUUUAAAACCCAAAAUUCCGGUAGAUUAUAAAAAAGCUAUUGCCGAUUAUCUAAGAGAAAUGGGAAAGUUAAUAAAAAUUAGAAUACUAGAAAAUUGGCCGGAUGUGAAUUUUUAUGAAAGUGUUCUUUUAAUAAUUAGUGUUCCCGCAGAUUAUUCAAAGAAAGAAUUGGCGAUAAUGAGAGAAUGUUCACUUGAGGCUGAAUUAAUUCGUAAAGAAAAUAUUGAAUAUUUACAAUCACUACGGAACGUAACCGAAGCUGCAGCAAUUUAUUGUAUGAAAAAAUGUCUAAAUGAACAUUCUCUGGCUUCAACAGGAACAACUUUUAUGAUCGUUGACUGUGGAGGUGGCACAGUAGAUUUGACAACACAUAAACUUGUGGAUGAAGAUCAAUUAAGCGAAGUUACAGAGAGAAUCGGUGAUUAUUGUGGAAGCUCAUUUAUCGACGAAGCAUUCCUCAAACAUUUGGGUAGUAUAGUGGGAAAUUCAACAAUUGAUAAAAUACGAGAUAAUAAGAUCAAAUCAUUACAAUAUAUGGUUCAACAUUUUUGUCGAAAAGUAAAAUUUCGAUUCACUGGUAAAGAUACAGAUUUUCAAUAUGAGUUAGAUGUAAUAGAAACCAUUAAAGUUCUUAAAAAAUUUGUUAACAGCGAAACUAAAAAACUAAUGGAAGACAAUAAUUGGUUGAUUACGAUUGAUUUCGAAAAAAUAAAAUCGAUGUUCGAUCCUCUUAUAAAUAGAAUACUUAAAAUGAUAGAAAUUCAACUUGAAAAUUGUCGAGAUGAAUGUUCAAUUAUGUUUCUGGUUGGAGGAUUUGGUCAAUCAGAAUAUUUGAAAAAUAGAAUUGAAGAAAAAUUCAAGGAUCAAGUAAAGACUAUCGUCGUUUCUAAGGAUCCUAUUGCAGCAGUUGUUCGUGGAGCAACAUUAUAUGGAUUAAGUUUGAGUGAUAAAAUGAAAAAUAUGAAAAUUAACGAGCAAGUAAAAUUCAUAAUAAAGAAUCGAAAACUCAAUUAUACGUAUGGAAUUAGAGUGUUGAAGUUGUCUAAAAAAGGUGAUCCACCAGAACGAGUAACAUCUGAUGGGUAUAUACAUAAAUUUCAUCCGAUAGCGAAAAGAGGAGAUGUCGUUGAAUUUGAUGAAGAAAUUCGUGUAAAUGAUUUAUGUCCUGUUAAUGAAUUUCAAGAAAGUGCUACAUUUUGCAUUUAUUUUACAAAAGAUGAUGAAGCAAAAUAUUGUGAUAAAAUGGAACUAUUGGGAACUCUUAAGAUUUACUUUACGGAUCGUAAGCCUGAUAGGAAAGUUAGUUUUGCGUUGUCAUUUGGUCAAAUGGAAAUACUUAAAGCCACUGCAAGGAAUGAAACGAAUGGGCAGAAUUAUCUUACUACGUUUGAAAUUAAAAAGGAGCGUUAAUAUGGGUUAAAUAUAAAUGAGAUGAUAGUUGAGUAUCUUGAAUAAUAUUACACAAUUGAUAGCUAUUAUAUUUAUUGAUAAGAUGUAUAAAUU